UGCGGGGAAUGCGAUGAGGUACUGGGAAAUACUCUGGACACAUUCUCGACGCUGCUGUUCCAUCUACGGGUGGGCCUCAGCAUCUCAAAUCAUAGGAUGACAUCAAGCACCAAUCUCACCCACCCACAUCCAACUCAGUCACGCCGACUGUUACUGAUUCUGUUUGACAUUAUAGCUUUCUGGGAGCACGGCAGAACGAAUCGAAUCAGCGGUAUGCUGCCAUCACUGUGAUCUGCAGCAGGGGAAUGCGUCAGAGCGGGGUCGCGAUUGCGUCACAAUGGAAGAAGUAGGAAUGCAUUCCAUCUCCGAGUAAGUUCCUAGCUGGUUCGAACCAAGCUGGCAUAUAUAGUCGGGCAGACCUGCUCUUCAAUAUGCAAGAACCACCCCUCAAAGCAAGUCAAGUGCAUCCAGCAACGCUUCUCUUUCAGAUUUCGGAACAUCCACAUCCAAGUUCAUAGAAGAGACACGAGGACUUUCAGGCGAUGGCUCGGAAACAACACAUGACGCUCUUGGCGUCCGUAUGUUUGCUCUUGUCCCUACUGCACCCGAUCGCAGCUCAGCGUUGCGGUAGGCAGGCCAGAGGCGCUCUCUGCGCCGGCGGCAAAUGCUGCAGUCAAUAUGGUUAUUGUGGAAUAUCACGGACUCACUGCGGGAGUGGCUGCCAAAGCCAGUGUCUUGGAUCUACACCCUCCCCAACCACGCCCUCCCCAACGUCUGAGAGAACUGGGAACGCAUCCUACUACACCCCGCCUUAUGUUCCCUCGGCGUGCUUCGGCUUCAAUCAAGCUCAAUUCCCUGCCAACCAGUACUUUGCAGCAGCCGGCGACAGCAGCAGCGCUAACCUCUGGAACGGUGGGAAAAACUGCGGCAAGAAGUUCAGAAUCAGGUGCGUGGGCAAGGGAUGCUGGGGCGGCCCCAUCACAGUUAGAAUUGUGGAUCGUUGUCCCAAUGGUUGCAGUAACGGACGGGCUUUCGACCUCUCGGCAAAAGCUUUUUGAAGACAGAAAACCGCGACCUUUGAUGUUCUUGAACAUGGAUUUGUAGGGUUUCUGUUCAUGCAAUUUUGUUUAUUAUUAUUAUUAUUAUUAUUAUUUAAUUUGAUUAUUGACAAGAAUGGGGUAAAGCCGUUGCAUUAAUAAAAUAAAAUAAAAAGGCAGUUACAGACUUCUUAAACCUUGAUACUUCUCUUGGGCUAACAUCAGAAGAAAAAGGGUUAGUAAUCGUUCACUUCAUGUCUGUAGUAUGAUUGCAUUUAGUGUGUGAACAUCUAAAUUUUUCUGUGGAAUACUAGAAUGCAGUCUAAUCUUGUUUCUUUCUAUCUAAGUUGUU